CCUCGGCCUCCCACAGUGCUAGGAUUACAGGCGUGAGCCAUCGCGCCCGGCCAAAGGUUGAGUAUUCAUCCUGGAAAAAUCAUGGCACAGGUAUCCUCCCCUUCCCUGCCUCCACGAAACCCUCAGGCCACUCUCGGCUUCGCUAGAGUUUUCCUUUUUCAUAUUUAUGCCCAGGACUAGCUCAGUGUAGGACCCAAAGCUGUUCUUGGCAUCCUGAGAGGGUCAGUUAGGACUGAAGUCCCUUGACUGCUCAAGCAAGGAUCGCAGGGAGAAAGCAAGUGGAACUGUCUCGGAACCUCCGGAAGUGGGCACGCUCCAGGGCCCAGUUUCCAGGGUAACCAUACUGGCAAGUUGGCUCCCACAAUCAUUUCUCCUGGGAGGACUGUGAUUUUGGUUUCCGGGGGCAUCUCUAUGGUUUCGAUGGCCUAGAAGGACCGAAGCGGCAUUUCCGGGAAGAUGGCGGCGCGCACAUCAGGUAUGGCACAUGUUUCAACGGAGAGGACCCCGCAAUGACGUGAGAGUUUGAGGACACUUUUUUCUCACCAUGAGUGUCACCCCAGAGGUCAAGAGUCAUGGGAUGAAGUUUGCUGAGGAGCAACUGCUAAAGCAUGGAUGGACUCAAGGCAAAGGCCUGGGCCGGAAGGAGAAUGGCAUCACCCAGGCCCUCAGGGUGACACUGAAGCAAGACACUCAUGGGGUGGGACACGACCCUGCCAAGGAGUUCACAAACCACUGGUGGAAUGAGCUCUUCAACAAGACUGCAGCCAACUUGGUAGUGGAGACUGGACAGGAUGGAGUACAGAUAAGGCGCCUUUCUACGGAGACCACCUGUCGUAAUCCUCCCAAGCCCAACUUGCUGUAUCAGAAGUUUGUGAAGACGGCUACCCUGACUUCAGAUGGAGAGAAGCCAGACAAAGACAUGGAGAGCUGCAGUGACGAUGACAACCAGAGGCCCAACCCCCCAAAGAUUCUGACGGAUGAGAUGCUGCUCCAAGCCUGUGAGGGGCGAACAGCACACAAGGCUGCCCGUCUUGGGAUUACGAUGAAGGCCAAGCUUGCUCGGCUGGAGGCCCAGGAGCAGGCCUUCCUGGCUCAUCUCAAAGGCCAAGACUCUCAGGCUUCUCAACCACAGUCAGAGAGCAAGCCCCCCAAAAAGAAGAAAAAGAAAAGGAAACAUAAAGAGGAGGAAGAGGCUACAGCAUCUGAAAGGAAUGCAGAUGAGAAGCACCCAGAACACACUGACCAGAGCACCAGGAAAAGCAAGAAGAAGAAAAGGCAACAUCAAGAACAAAUGGUCUCAGAUAAGAGAGAGGGAACAACUGUAGGGAAUGAGGAGGAGGAAGCUACAGGAACAAGUGAGCUUAGGGAAUUGAAGAGCAGAGAGCAAACCGAUCAGUCCCCCAGGAAAAGGAAGAGAAAGAAGAAGCAGCACCAUGGAGAGGAGAAGACGGGAGUCUUGGAUGAAGGAGGAAGAGGUAAGGCUACAGGUGCUGUCAGGACCGAGGCGGUAGAGAGCACAGUGUACACUGACCCGUGCAGCAGAAGCAAGAAGAAACGGCACUGUGAGAAGGAUUUGAACUUAGAGGAUGAAGAAGUUGGGGACUGUUUUGGACAGUGGGACCAGGGACACAGAGAACAGAGCAUGCAGUGAUGGAGGAAGGAGAAGCAAGAAGAAAACACGGCGACAUCGAGAGGAGGAGGAAGUCGUCAAUGUAGGGGAUGAAAGAGAUGAGGGGGAUGGCAGGAC